CUGCUCCAGCUAAAUCAUGAUAUGCUUAUGGCAGUCAUAGACGUACUCGGGGCACAUAAUGAACUGACAUCUUUCUCGAGAACAUGCAAGGUCAUCCGAGAGUUCUGCAUGCCAGUCCUAUUCAGACAUUGCAAGAUCAAAGUAUACCAUCCCGUAGAGUUCGAGAACUCCCUCGAGGCGCGCCGGUCGCUUUCGCUUACCAUGAUGGACUAUUGCGACAACAGAGGUAAAAUAACGAGGCCAGGCAUGUUACUGAAGCACACGAUGGACCCCCUCCUUUGUGGCGUCUACAAUCCCCGUGAACUGGGCACCGCCCUGCGCAAUAUGCCUCGCUUGCAUGCUGUCUCCAUGGUACUCUGCUGGGCUGAAGGACAUGGCCUUCCGUGGUCAGUGCUAGACGCCGUAUUGACAGUGCCACACUUGCGGGAGUUCACUUGCGACCACCACGAGUUCUCACCCCGCCCAAUCAUUCCCAAAGAAACCAAAAACUUCACCGAUCCACCUGCUGCCCUCACUGCGUUCCAUUACAUCGUUAGCGAUUACCGACAUAACUCUCGGGGGUAUCCCCCGGAGGCCGAUGCUCUCCGUAUCGUCUUGGGAAGCCUUUAUCGAACUCUGCAGAUUAUCGACCUACCUACCGAGCCAACGAGUCUUCGCCACAUAUCUAGCCUUGCCUGGCCCGUCCUUCGUGAGCUUCGGCUCCGUGGAGAGCUUUACCCAGCGGAGGACCGCCCUGUCCCGUUGAUAUCCGCGCUGGCACAUAUGUCGGCGCUCCGUGUUCUCGAUCUGCGCUUCAGUGUCACCAAGGGUUCACAUGUGCCCGCACCGCCCAUAUGGCCCUCCGGCCUCCACGCAACGUACCCGUGGCCAGACCUGAAACACCUCGUCAUCUCGUACGCGAACACGGAUGACCAGUUAUUUCAACAUCUCCCGCCGACGCUGCGCAGGCUGACCCUUCAGUACUUUCCGCAUCUCGGGCCGAGCGAGUGGGACGGAAUAAACACUCUCCCGGUUGUUUCGCUACGCCGGUACUCUUCGUACAUCUUGCACAUCCUGCGCCUCUGCCCUAUUCCCCAGCUCGACGAACUGGAAGUCGACUACCAUCAAGAUGGCGAGGAAUACAGUCUGCUGCGGUACAUAACCGCCGCGUUCCCUGCGCUCACGUCUCUCAAGGUCCGGCGCUAUUGUGCCUCGGACGCAACCGAUGUCGAUGUGGUAGGUUGA